GUUAAGUUCACAGAAAUUAAAUUUUGGGUUAAAAAACUAUAUUAAUGUCAGUCAUCGACUGCCAUUCGCCAGAAGAAUACAAAAAUAUUUGACAACACUUUAUUUUGACAAAACUCCUAUCUUUGAAUUCCCAUUUACCUAUGCGAGGUCAGAUUUACAUACGUGAACUUCAGAAGAAAUUUCAAUCUUGUUCUUGUAGAUAAAGAAGCCAUAUUAUUUUCAUAAUGAAUGGGCUCUUGUCGCACGAUUCUCCAACAAUGAUGCCAAACACUGGAUGAUGAAUGCAACGUUUUGGUAUGAUGUAAUAGUUCCGUUUGGGGAAAUAAAUAAUCCCGUGUCGAAUAAAGAUAUGAUUUCUGAAGCAUUUUGGAAUUUAAAAGGGAAAGAGUUCAAAUUGAGCAGAAGUGAUGAUGUUAAUCAUGAAGCACUAUUGCAAACUACAUCCAAUUGUCUCCAAGGUGAGUCUUUUCGAUCUAAAUUAACAAGUUACGGUAAUUGGAGAAAUGGAAAAGUUUGGAACAGUAAUGCUUGUCGUGGAAGUUGUCCAGUUGUUUAUGGAGGUCAGUACAAAACCACAGCCGGAUUUGAACAGAAUAACUGCAGCAGCAACAUUCAAAACAGACGUUAUGUUGGAUUUUGGUGUGAUUGGAGUUCAGGUGAUGGUGCUGUCUUGAUGAUUGGUGGUGGAGGGUCAAGCUGUAGCAGAGCUGAUCAUGGAAUUGGGAUCACUGAGGAGAAUUCAGCAAGAUUUGGCGGAACAUUACCCCAUUAUGAUUUUGGAAAAAAUGCAGAUUACAUUCCUCCUUCACAUUAUUCUCUUAAUCUGUGGGUACGAUAAUGCGCCAGUCCACAGCUAAUGCAAUUUUUAAAUAUUUUAACUUUAAUUUUAAUUUUAAAACAGCAUUCGACACAUUUUUAGAGACAGUAACGACGCACUUUGAACAAACGUUCAUUUCCAAACAUUGCACCAUAUGAGUUCGUUUGCUUGGUUUUCGUACUUCCACUUCAUAGUCACUGAGUUCGUUUGCUUGGUUUCCGUACUUCUAAUUCAUAGUCCACACGCGCUGUAAAUAUAUAUGUGUAAUGCAUACUAUUGUAAUAUAUCAUUCCAUCUGAGGAUGGAUUUGAAAUAAAGUCAAAAAUUCACAGUUUCA